UCUUGGGCAAUUUCCGGCGGAGUGCGGAAGUCGGGGCUUUACCCUUCCGUGCCGGGUAGUUUGCUUGUUUUCUUGUGGGUCUGCUUGGUUCAGUUCGGGAAGCGCCCGUGGGCCGGCCUGCUCCGCCCAUGGCGGGGUCCGCCCCGGCCACGGCCUUCGGGCAGGCGGUGAUCGGGCCCCCGGGCUCCGGGAAGACCACGUACUGCCUGGGCAUGAGUGAGUUCCUGCGCGCGCUCGGCCGGCGCGUGGCCGUGGUGAACCUGGACCCGGCCAACGAAGGGCUGCCUUAUGAGUGUGCCGUGGACGUGGGCGAGCUGGUGGGGCUGAGCGACGUGAUGGACGCGCUGCGCCUGGGGCCCAACGGUGGCCUGCUCUACUGCAUGGAGUACCUGGAGGCCAACCUGGACUGGCUGCGCGCCAAGCUCGAGCCCCUCCGAGGCCACUACUUUCUCUUCGACUGCCCCGGGCAGGUGGAGCUCUGCACGCACCAUGCCGCCCUGCGCAGCAUCUUUUCCCAGAUGGCACAGUGGGACCUCAGGCUGACAGCUGUCCACCUUGUGGAUUCUCACUACUGUACAGACCCAGCCAAGUUCAUCUCGGUACUGUGCACCUCCCUGGCCACCAUGCUGCAUGUGGAACUGCCCCAUGUCAACCUCCUCUCCAAGAUGGACCUUAUUGAACACUAUGGGAAGCUGGCCUUCAACCUGGACUACUACACGGAAGUCCUGGACCUCUCCUACCUGCUUGAGCACCUGGCAUCUGACCCUUUCUUCAGUCAUUACCGUCAGCUCAAUGAGAAGCUGGUCCAGCUCAUCGAAGACUACAGCCUGGUCUCCUUCAUCCCGCUGAACAUCCAGGACAAGGACAGCAUCCAGCGAGUCCUUCAGGCUGUGGAUAAAGCCAACGGCUACUGUUUCGGGGUUCAAGAGCAGCGAAGCCUGGAGGCCAUGAUGUCUGCUGCGAUGGGAGCUGACUUUCAUUUCUCCUCCACUCUGGGCAUCCAAGAGAAGUACUUAGCAUCCUCGGACCAGACGGCAGAGCAGGAAGCCAUGCAGCUGUAACAGCUGGGCCUGGAUGACGGUCAGCCGACUACAGACCCCGCUGGGAGGAAACAUCCGUCCCUGUGAAGGACUUCUGGAUAAAAAGGCAGACAUAGCAUCCUCAACGGUGUCCUCCAGCUCCAGCCCUGCCCCCACGAAAUGCUGCCUGAAAGUUGAGGACUGUCUCCACUUGGGCAGUGGUGGGAUGUGCUCUGAUACGAGAUUAUUUUCUACUUUUUGUGGGCUUCAGACUUUCCUUCAAGCCUCAGGAACCAGGGGGUUGGAGCAGAACAAAGGAAUGUCUGCAGAUGG